GCUGGUCUUUUGCCUCUGGGGCUCACAGCGACGGACGACUCUUAUAUGAGACUGUCGGUGAACUUACUCGGUGCUCGGCUUUUCUGCAGCUCAUAACGGCUCCAAAAACAAACAUUUGAUUUCACACUUUACCAACACAUGACACCAACAGCGGGACUUCAUAUUGUCACACCGACAACUUGUGUCUGCAACUCGUGUUUCUGAAAGACAGGAGGUGGAAAGGUUUGCCACACAUCUGACUCCACGUGCUGGAGUAAUAAUGUGAGACUCAUGGCUGGACUGAGACUGAGCACUGAACAUGUGUGUUCGCUGCCCUCUGGAUCAUUUCACAGCACUGACCCUCUCUUCUUGACAGGUUGAUCUCAGUGAGCAGAGUUAAAUCAAAGUAAGCCGCAGGAUUGAUUGGAGUUAUCCAUCAUUCUGGGAAUGUACAAUGUGAGCUCACGGGUAACAUUAAACCACCCUGGCCUGUAGGUAGAUGUGAAAUUCUUUGUUUUUAUUCUAUUACACUGCCAGUACUCGUAGAUAAUGACAUUACCACUGUGAACUUGACACCAAAGGGAAACAAUUACUCCAUCCUAGGCCCAUAUUUGUUGAUGAUGUGGUAAAUCUAGUGAUACUGAGAGCGUCUGUAUUUGCAAUGGCCGUUGCCUCCUCUCCAGAGAAGGAUCAGCCCCUCCUCCAGCUCCAGAAAGUAGACUCCAGUCGAGUUGGCGGUCGCGUCCUCUCCCCGAUUCUCAGCUCCUCCAUGGAAUCAAGCCAACCCAUCUGCAUCCCCUCCCCGUACACCGACCUCAGCCACGACUUCACCACCAUACCUUUCUACAGUCCAACUAUCUUCAGUUAUGCGGGUCAGGCUAUUUCAGACUGCCCUUCCGCCCAUCAGUCGCUAAGCCCCUCCUUGUUCUGGCCCAGCCAUGGCCACGUGGGGCCCCCUAUACCCCUGCACCACUCCCAGGCUCGGCCUCAGCACGGACAGCCAAUCCAGAGUCCAUGGGUGGAACUGUCACCACUGGAAAAUGUAACAACCAGAAAUGCUGACUCAAACUUAUCUGUCAGUAAGAGUGUGAUGAGGCGUUCUCAGGAGAGCGAGGAGGGCGUGGUGUCAUCUGGCGGGAAGGCGGACCUCCACUACUGUGCUGUGUGUCACGACUAUGCCUCGGGUUACCACUAUGGCGUCUGGUCAUGUGAGGGGUGUAAGGCCUUCUUCAAGAGGAGCAUCCAAAGACACAAUGACUACAUCUGUCCAGCAACCAAUGAAUGCACUAUAGACAAGAACCGCCGCAAGAGCUGCCAGGCGUGUCGCCUUCGCAAAUGUUAUGAAGUUGGCAUGACCAAAUGUGGUAUGCGAAAGGAACGUGGAAACUACAAGAACCCCCAGGCGAGGCGAGUGACCCGCCUGUCCUCACAGAGCAGAACACACGGACCAGACGUGUUAACUGGAUCAUCAGCGAUGGGUUUGUUAAACGCGCCCCGUCCUCCUCCACUGACUUCAGAGCAGCUGAUUGAGCGAAUAAUGGAGGCAGAGCCGCCAGAGAUCUACCUCAUGAAGGAUAUGAGGAGGCCACUGACUGAAGCGAACGUCAUGAUGUCGCUCACCAACCUGGCAGAUAAGGAGCUGGUUCACAUGAUCAGCUGGGCCAAGAAGAUUCCAGGGUUCAUUGAGCUUGGUCUCUUGGACCAGGUGCACCUGUUGGAGUGCUGCUGGCUGGAGGUGCUGAUGGUCGGACUGAUUUGGAGGUCAGUGGACCAUCCAGGGAAACUUAUCUUCUCCCCUGACCUCAGCCUGAGCAGAGAAGAGGGGAGCUGUGUCCAGGGCUUUGUGGAGAUCUUUGAUAUGCUGAUAGCUGCCACGUCCAGGGUGAGAGAGCUCAAGCUCCAGAGAGAGGAGUACGUCUGCCUCAAGGCCAUGAUCCUCCUUAACUCCAACAUGUGCCUCAGCUCCUCAGAGGGCAGCGAGGAGCUGCAGAGUCGCUCCAAGCUGCUGCAUCUUCUGGACGCUGUAACGGACGCUCUGGUGUGGGCCAUCGCCAAAACCGGCCUUAGCUUCCGCCAACAGUACACCCGCCUCGCCCACCUGCUUAUGCUGCUCUCACACAUCCGCCAUGUCAGCAACAAAGGCAUGGACCACCUCCACUGCAUGAAAAUGAAGAACAUGGUUCCUUUGUACGACCUGUUGCUGGAGAUGCUGGAUGCCCACAUCAUGCACGGCUCCCGGCUGCCCCAUCGGCCCCCACAGCCGGAGUCCGGGGACCAGAGGGAAGCUCCUGCUCAGCCACAGAGUUCUCAUAAUGGCCUCUCAAACACCUGGACUCCCAGCAGCAACACUGAAGGUGGAGGUGAACCACAGUAGUCGGAUCAGAAUUCAGAUGCAAUGAAUUUUCUCCACUUUGCACUAGUUCACAAGACUGAUGAGACGUCGUUUUGCAGAGCGCUGCAUUCUGUGAACUGUCAUUGGUGAAACUAAAGCUUUGACACACUGUGCACACUUCAAAGUAGAUUUUUAGGACGUUACUCUGCAGAGAGAGCAAACUUGCAGUAUUCAUUGCCUUACCACCACGUACUUUGGCCAGUAGCACCACCACAGAACUGAACAUACCGUUCAUGUAAUAUGUGAAUUUCAUAUCAGAUAAUGAACGACUUCAUGUGCCAAGGCAAGACUGUAUGGUUUCAGUCAUCACAGUAAUCAUUUUGGGAAACUGUGACAGACCGUAGACAAUAAUGUCACAUAUAGACAGCAUAAAGACAGAAUACAUAAAUAUCUUUUAUAACCAUUUAAGUCCAUACAGUCACAAAUUUCCAUCAAUGUCUGAUCCAACAGAGAAUGAGAUGUGCAAUGACUGAAGUUAAGCAAAAAAAAGAUAUAUAUAGACGAUAUGAUUUGUACAGAACAGAUAAUCGAUUUUGUUAUACAGCUUCUACUGAUGUAGCUGUACCUUAAUUAACAUGAAUUACCAUAAUUUGUAUUUAAUUCACUGAACGAGACAAAAACAUUUCCCAUCAUUCAUUUUACCUACAAAAGGUUUAAGAAUUGAAAUUUCAAAUAAUACUUAUUAUAACACAGUAUUUUUUCUAUCUUUAAGGAAUUGUUUGACAUAAUCUUACUUGCUCUUGUGCCGAGGGUUAGAUGAGACGAUUGAUACCACUCUCACAUCUGUACGGUGAAUACGUAGCUGGAGUCCACAGCUGGUCAGCUUAGCUUAGCAUAAAGACCUGCUAGCCUGGCUUUUUCAAAGAUACCAUUAGCAUGUUAUAUCUUGUUUAUUUAACUUUUAACAAAAACCACAUGACAUUUUUACACUAUUUUCUGUACAGAUUAAAUCAAUGAGAUGUACAGUAUUUUAAUGUUUUAAUUAAUGAGCUUUAGGGUUGCAGGUAACAAGGGGCUAAGCUAACCGGCUGCUGGCUGUAACCUCAUAUAUACCGUUCAGAUGAACGUUUAUCAGUCUUCUCAUCCAAGUCUUGGCUAGAAAAGCGAGCAAGUGAACUAUAUAGUGUUUGACAAUUCCUUUAAUACAAAAGAAUUGUAAAAAUGUAUUCACGGCACAUAACCACCAGCUGUUAUGCUCCAUGAGAUAAGAGUUAUUUUGUUAGCAACAACAGCUCCCAUAUUUUAAGCACACCAGAAAAAGGUGGUCCUUUUUUACUGUUCGGUACAGUAGUAGAUACCCAUUUAUCUUAGAAUAUAGACAAAAUGAAGGCCACUCAUAGAUUGGGAGAGUGAUUAAGAACCGAAAGCUAUCAGAACAGAAGCCAGGUUGGAAGUAGACUGAAGCACUAUGUGAUGUUGAGUUUGGUCAGUAAUGUUUCAGAAACUAGCACAGACAAUAACUGAGUUCUGUUGUUUUGGGUGUUUCCUGAUGUUCACAGCAGACCCCCUGCUGACCACUAGAGGACGCUUUACACCACACACUCAGACGUAUGAGCCUUCUCAGACUUUACUUUGACACUGUACAUACCUGGCUUCAUUGUCAAAGACAUCUCACUUGUUUCCUGUGAAGAAUCAUAACCACUAUUGCUAUUAAGACAAAAUUGCACUCAUACCUGUCAAGUUUUGCUUGAAGAAAAUUUUAACUAUUUUUGUAUCUCAGAACUCGCUACAGUAGCCGUUGUGUGCAGUCGUGAUGCAGCUUCACUGAUCAGGAUCACUGCAAGAAGGACGCAGAAUAUGAAAAAUAUGCAGAAUAUGAAAAUCCUCCCCAUGAACUCUUUAUCACCAUACAUUGCAAACUAUACAUUCACUGUGUAUCAACCUUAGAUUUUACUGUAGUUUCACAGAAAAUAUUGUCAUAAUGUACCUGUUACUCCAUCACUUAUUAUCGCUGGUGGGUUCGUCCACCUUUCAAAUGAUGUACAGAGGAAACUUCAGGGUUUUCAGAAGUUUGGACUUUCCAUAUACAGUACAGUCUACAGAUUAUUUUUUGUGGUCUGUUUAUAGAUUUAUCCAUUCUCUCCUGGUUACACCAUAAAAAUAAAGCAAAAAUACUGUACAGAUUAUACAGGGAGAUUGACUUUACUUGUUUAUCAAAACCCAG